AUUUACCCAAUAUGGCGUCUUGAAGAAGGGAAUAUAACAACAUAGAGAACUAACUUAGGUAUAAAUUUGCUUUGUGUGUAAUCAAUAAGAUGGGAGAGAUGAACUUGUAUUGCAUUUACUACCUCCUUUUUGCUGUUUCAUUGAAGACUUGCUGGUCAAAAGGAAAUGAUUGUCCUCCCAUUAAUAUCAUUAAUGCCAAAGUGCACAUGUACUCGCUGGACUCCCUGGAGGCCAGUGUUGAGUGUGAAGCUGGGUAUAGUUUGAUUGGCUCUAACAAGUUACUUUGUACAAAUGGAAUGUGGCAGCCAGCCACUCUACCUCACUGUGUCAACAAAUUGCCUACAACUUUGACUUGCUCAAACCCAACAUUUACUCAUGCUAAAGUCACCAUGGACCACUCAAAGAAAUCAGCUGAAGUUCACUGUAAUAGUCAAUACAGCAUAAAAUUUCAUCAGCAGUCCUUUCAAUCACUGAAGAUUGUUUGUAGUCAGGACUUACGUUGGGUUACAGUCCUGGGUUUGUCAGACAUACCUGACUGCACAAGUGACCUUGAGUGUCCUCCCCCUCCAGAGGUGAACCAUGCCAGUAUCAUUGAGCGUGUGGAUACCUGGACCCCCUAUACACAGGACACACCUGUCACUUACAGGUGUGAUUCUGGAUACCAACAGUUAUCUAGGGAUUCAUAUGAUGAUUACCUAUUUAACUCGUUUUCCACACUCCUCUGCUCUGGUGGGAAAUGGGUUGGAAAUACACUUGUGUGCUUGAAGAUCCCAGGCUGUACUAGACCUCCAGAUGUGACUAACGGGAAGUGGGCUAUAAUGCCUGGGAUGAAUGACCUUGUGAUGAGAGAGAAUCAGGACACAUAUCCUAUUGGCACUCGGAUCAAGUAUUACUGUAUUAACUCCAAGAUGAGGGGAGAUGACGAGAUUGAGUGUCGCACCAAUGAACUGUGGUCACAGAUGCCACCCAUGUGCAUCAAUACCGGGACUCAAUCAGAUUCCUGCCCCAAGUUACCAAUGGUUCCCAAUGGUCAGUGUCUCUGUAACUCUCACACAUCUGAUCCUGACCAGUGUAGACUCCUUGGAUCCAUGGUGGAGUGUUCCUGUAAUGAUGGAUUCCGUCUUGCUGGUGAAGAUCGACUUAGCUGUGUGAGAAAUAGUCAGGGACAGAACAAUUGGAGUGCUGGAAUACCAGCAUGUGUUCCCUCAGACCAGUCCAUUCAGACAGCUGACAAGAAUAUGGACGACGGAAGUGGCCAUAUGAACACCUUGGCCAUUGUCAUUGCCACUGCUUGCAGUGUUUUGGGUGUGUUGUUGUUGGUCAUGGUAGUGAUGGUGUUUAGGCGCAGAAAGCCACAGGUACGCCUUUAUCCACAAGUAGGGGGCACCCCACCCCCAUACUCCCGUGUCUACAACAACACCUUAGAUGAACAUGAUAGAGUGGCAUUAAUUGGAUAUGAAGCUGCAAGACUGCCAUCCUAUGAGGAAGCCACAAGGUCAAGGUCAUUAGGACCAAGCAGGCCUGUUAGAGAUAUUACAGAAGAACGUGUUUCAUCUGCUGCAGAUUACAGACCUCUACCAAACAUUCCCUCCAGUCUGCGCAACAAUAGUCAGGCAGAUACAGUGAGUAACAGACAUUCCAUCAGCACCAUGAGUACAGUGAACAGAGAUGGUAUAUCGGAGGUUUUUGGAUCUAUAGACACUGUCAAUGUGAGUAUCAGUGAUGCCUCCACCUCUGUAACUGUGGAUACGCUGGAUAGUGUUGCCUCACGCCCCUCCAAUGCCUCAGGCAGAGCUACUGCAGGCAGUCUGGAGACCUCCAGAGAAAAUCUCUCAACAGAAGAUGUCCCUCUUCUAGACAACAGAACAGAGGAUGAAUCUGGCAAUGAGGAUAUUGAAAUACAGAUAGAUGAGGAUAACAAAGAAAUACAAUAGUAAACAUGUUGAUCAUGUAGAAAUAUUGUUAAUACAUGUACUUUAUAGUAAAAUUCUACAGUA